CACAGGGGGGGUGGGGGGAGUUGCAGCAGCAUGUUGAUGCGCUCCCUGUACAGCCUCAGGUAUGUUGCUACCUGCCUCCUGCUCCUCGUCCCCGCCGCCUGUGUCCAGCUGACAGCCCGGUCCAGCGGGCACGGAAAAUGGUUGCAGAUCGAAGCGGUGAAGAGAGGGAUCCUGGAUUACCUGGGCUUGGAGCAGCCCCCUGCCAUCGGCAGGAGUGUGAGCCGGGAGGAGGAGGAGAGAAUGUACCAGCUCUUCCUGGUCAACGUUAGCAGCGGCAGCAGCAGCGGCAGAGCUGGGAUCCCGGCCACAGCAGUCACCACUCUGCAUGUCAUCCCCGUCCUGGUUGGCGGCGCUGGACAUGGCGGAGCUGCAACCUCCAAGAACUUUGACCAGAGACUCACUUUCUGCUUCUUCAACAGUUCAGACAUUUACCCAGGUCUGAGGAUUGUCCGAGCCGAGUUAAAACUGUUCCAGCACUUCCUGGCCAACCAGUCUCUCCAGAAGUCAAGCCCCGUCUCCGGGAGACGUGCCAGCGUGUACGAGAUAUUGGAGGCCACCAGCCCCGGUGGAGAACCUUCUUACCGAUUAUUGGACACCAAGUCCCUGGACUCUGGGCCCGUGGCUGGCGUCAGCUUCGACGUGCGCCCCCUGGUGGAACGUUGGAUGGGCAGCGGGCUGCAGCAGGUCCAGGUCCAGCUCCAGUUCCACCCGCCCCACCCCGACCGCCCGCUGGUCCAGCAGGGCGAUGGCGCGCAGCUGGAGAUCGAGACGCGGGUCCAGAGACGGCGGGGGCGGAGGGCGGCCAGCUCCGGGGAGGACUGCCGCCGCAGACAGAGGAGCUGCUGCAGGAAAUCCCUCCGGGUUUCCUUCAAGGAGAUCGGCUGGAACGACUGGAUCCGGGCGCCCGAGUCCUACAACAUGUACAACUGCGGCGGAGCCUGCCCCGCCAACUACAGGCCGGCCAACAUGCACGCCAUGAUCAAGUCCGCCAUGCACCAGCUGUCGGGCGGCACCAGCCCGGCCCUCUGCUGCAUCCCCGCAGCCUUCGAACCCAUGACCCUGCUGCACUACAGCAGCGAGGGAACGCUCACACUCACUGCCUUCGAGGGAAUGAUUGUCACCAAUUGUCACUGCUCCUGAUCUCCAACCAACUCCCCAUCUCUCCAGCCCACCACCCCCCCUAGGCGUCACACAGUCGGCCCGCUCAUUGUUAUGUGGCCAACAGUGUCCAUCUCACUGGCCCAGCCAGUGGUCCCAGUUCUACAGUGUCUCGUCCCCAACACUUAGCCCCCACACAACUCAUCAUCCACCGGUCAACACGAAUCCAUGGCUGAACAUCAGAGGUGACCCAACAGGAGAAACUCAAUGGUUAUAGACAAUAGACAAUAGGUGCAGGAGGAGGCCAUUCGGCCCUUCGAGCAAAUACUGCCAUUCAAUGUGAUCAUGGCUGAUCAUCCCCAAUCAGUACCCCGUUCCUGCCUUCUCCCCAUAUCCCCUGACUCCGCUAUUUUUAAGAGCCCUAUCCAGCUCUCUCUUGAAAGCAUCCAGAGAACCUGCCUCCACCGCCCUCUGAGGCAGAGAAUUCCACAGACUCACCACUCUCUGUGAGAAAAAGUGUUUCCUCGUCUCCGUUCUAAAUGGCUUACUCCUUAUUCUUAAACUGUGGCCCCUGGUUCUGGACACCCCCAACAUCGGGAACAUGUUUCCUGCCUCUAGCAUGUCCAAACCCUUAACAAUCUUAGGUUUGGGGUCUGUCCAAUACUGGGAGGGGGAUUGUAGGCCAUCGGAGGUUCUUGAGUUGAUAAGUCAUAGGAGUAGAACUAGGCCCAUCAAGUCUACUCCGCCAUUCAAUCGUGGCUGAUCUAUCUUCCCUCUCAACCCCAUUCUCCUGCCUUCUCCCCUUAACCCCCGACACCCGCUCUAAUCAAGAAUAUGACAAUCUCCACUUUAAAAAUCCCCAAUGACGUGGCCUCCACUCCCGCCUGCGGCAAUGAAUUCCACAGAUUCACCACCCUCUGCCUAAAGAAAUCUCCUUUCUAAAGGUACGUCCUUUUAUUCCAGGGCUGUGUCCUCUGGUCCUCGACUCUCCCACUAGUGGAAACAUCCUCUCCACAUCCGCUCUAUCCAGGCCUUUCACUAUUCAGUAAGUUUCAAUGAGGCUGUCGAGUGCUGUCUGUGGGAUUUGAACGUUCUCCCUGACAACGUACGGGCUUCUCCAGGUUCCCCCCCCCCCUGUGUGUAAAGUGGGAUAACAUAGAACUGGAGUGAAUGGGUGGUUGAUGGGGUCAGCAUGGAGUUGAUGGGCCAAAUGUUCCAUGCUAGAUCUCUAAACUAACCUAAACUGGUUUUGCCCAAGAUUCAAGUCAUAACCGUGGGAUCAAAGGGCCAUUGGGGACCAGUCAUGUGAUCACAGAGAUAUAUAGCACAGAAAGAGGCCCUUCGGCCCACAUGCCAAUGCUGACCAUUGUAAGCCAUUGGGGGAUCAUAAGUGAUAGGAGCAGAAUUAGGCCAUUCGGCCCACCAAUUCUAAUCCACCAUUCAAACAUGGCUGAUCUAUUUUUAAUCUUCAGUUAUCUUUAAUCAGAGGGUGGUGAAUCCGUGGAAUAUGUUGCCACAGGCGGCUGUGGAAACCAAGUCAAUGGAUAUUUUUAAGGCAGAGAUAGAUAGAUUCUUGAUUAGCACGGGUGUCAGGGGUUAUGGGGAGAAGAAUGGGAUCGAGAGGGAAAGAUAGAUCAGCCUUGAUUGAAUGGCGGACUAGACUUGAAGGGCUGAAUGGCCUAAUUCUGCUCCAAUCACAUAUGAACAUGAACUUAUGCACAUCGGAUACUAAGACCAUUAUGCCCACAUUAGGAUUCUAUCC